AUGGAGAAAGCGGAAAUGAAUAUAGAGGCAGGACUUAUGGAAAGACUGAGCUCGAAGAAUUGGAAGGAUAGACAAGAAGCAUAUAACAUGCUUGGUUCCUUCUGGAAAGAGGGAAGGGCUGUAGAGCCGGAGGUUGUCCAGAUGCUCCAAAGUGAGGGAAAUAUUCCUGCAUUGGAGGCAGCAAUAGAUGCUCUUUUAAAUGUAAAUAAUCUCAAAGUCGGCGAUGUCAAAAAGAUUUUUGGCAACAUUGGGAACUCCAAGACUAGUAUCAAAACAAGGAUCGAUGCAUUGAUUGGCAGACUGGAAGAUACCGAAGAACUUAUGGAUGCUUUGUGUGAAAUUUUGGAUUCUAAGUCUCCUAGAAAUGUAUCUGGGGCAUUAUCGGCCAUCUGCAACGUUGUUAGAAGUAGAGGAUGUGGCUUGAAGCCCAUUGGUGAAAGGAUAGGGGAAGUAAUGGGGCAUGCGGACAAGGGAGUCAGAAAUGAAGGAUUCAAGCUAUGUAUAGAGCUUUACAAAAGGAAUGGAGAAUUGCUCUUGCCAUACCUAAGUAAUUUGAAGCCAAUACAGCAGAAAGAGUUAAUGGAAGAGUUCGGGAAGUGUAAUCUUGUUGAAGAGAAGGAGGAUAAAAAGGAGCUUGUGGGUCUAUCUGGAGACCUUCUUAAAGGAGCUUCCGAUGAUAACUGGAAGGUCCGAUUAGAAGCCAUGCGUGGGAUCAAAAAAAUAGCUAGAUGUGUUGAGUACAAUAGUGAGCUGAAUAGUCUUCUUUGUAGAAGAAUAGGGGAUGUUAACAAUCAAGUAUUUUAUACAACUUUGGAGGUUCUUGGAGAACUAAAGCCUAGGAACAUUGAAAUUAUAAAGGGGCUUGUUGAGAGGCUCAAGGAGAAGAAAGAUGUAACCUCGGAGAAGAUAAAGGAAAUCCUUUUUAAGGUUGGGGUUAGGAUAAGUGGGAGCAAUGCCGAGUUUCUAGGGCAUAAAAAUCCCCAGGUUAGACUAAAUUUGUUAGACUACUCAUUGAGAGAUUUGCAGAAUGACAAGGAAUUCAUCAAGAUGGUAGGAAACUGCCUUCUUGAUCCGGUUGGAGAGGUCAGAAACAAGGCAAUGGAAGUAGUUUCUGAAAUCCACAAGAAGUACGGAAACAUAUUUGAAGGCACGGUCACUCAUAAUGCUCUUCCUCGAAUCAAUAAAAUAAUAGGAAACAAUAGCAAAAAAGAAGCAGGAGAUGGAAAUUCUUCCGGCCUGGAAAAAAAGACUACACCAGAAAGACGAAUGAAGAUAGAAGACCCCGAUACUAGGGAUAGCAAAGUCUUGAGGGGAAAAAAGAGUACACCUUCUAACCACACAAGAGAGAAUUCUAAAGAUGUGGCUUUGUCUUCCCGAGAAGACGACUCUGCAAGCAAGAAGAAGCAUUCGAAGGUGGGAAUGGAUGUUUUACUCAAUAACAUCAGUAGGCAAAGGGCCAAGGGAAGUGGAAAUAGAGAAGAGAUUUUCACUCCUCAGUUUAUCCAAAUGAUGGACAAAGGGCCUUUUCAUCAAGUCUACGACCUAUUCGACAGUAUAGAUAAGACGAUUGUCAGCGAUUUUCUCAUAGAUUUUCUUAUUCAAUCGAAUGCUUCAGAAGCAUUUAUCAACUCGACACUCUUAUCGUUUAUUUCUAAUAAGUAUAUUCUGAAGGAGUUUGAAUGCAAAAAGCUUGUGGAGUAUCUUCUAUCUAACGGAAUGAGCGAGGAGUUGGGGAUGAUGGACAGGGUCUAUCCUGUUACAAAGCUUUUUCUGGUCUACCAAAAGAUAGGCAAUAAGGAGGCCAAUAAUGAGAUACUAAAGCUAGUAAGGAAGUACAGAAUGUUCCGAGGGGACAAGAAGCAAUUUAUUGAAGGGAUUAAGAAAAGAGGAAAAACAGAGGUUGAAGAUGCGAUAAAGGGAUGCCCAGACUUCCUAAGCUUUGUAGAUGAGCUUGAGGGAAGUUUUAUGUCUACAGGAAAUGAAGAUUGUGAUGAUGUAAAAAUAGAAAAGAAUUUUGAAAAAACAUCCGAUGAGGUAGGCUCUCAGAAAUCGGAAUACAUAGAAAAGGUAAUUGAUGGAGAGGAAAUAGACAUGGAGGUUCCAUCCAUUCACGAUGACUCCUUUGUGGUUGGAGAUGCCGACAUUGAAGCUUCUUUUGAGGCCUUGAGCAUACAUUCUGUCUCCGGAGUUUUCACACCAAACUCGAAGAAAGUUAGAAAGGAAGUUAUUCCCCCUGAAAAGCAAAGAAGGGAGGUAAGCGGUUUGGAGCUUGUACUAGAUCAUCUUAUUGACUCCAAUCCUGGGGUCAGCGAAGUAGCCUUUAAAAGACUCAUGAACAUCAUAGAUUCAGAGAUUGGAUCUCUUUUGUCUUUUUCAAACUCCAUUGUUAGUUCUAUUUCAAUUCAGCUUUUUGAUGUACUCCACAAUCCUUCUUUUUCGGACUUGAUUCUUCAAGUUUUCUUCAAACUCAGCCAGAACAAGCUCUUCUGUGGGCAGCUAAGAAAAGAGACCCUGCUCAGUGCCAACACAGAUCUCGUAAAGAUAAUGAAAAGACAGAAUACCAAGGAUUAUAAUGCAAAGGUAUCUUCUCCAGGCUUUUUUUCUCGAGAUACCUCGCUUAUAGGAGAAAUUCUGAUUAAUCUUUGCCUCAAUUCCAGGCCCAGUCUUGUCUUAGAAGUAUAUUUAGAAAUGCUGGUCUCUUCUAAGGAAGAAAUUCUGUUAAAACUUAUAUGGAGACAUUCCAAGUCGCUAAAAAUGGAUGAUAGAGAGGAGCUGUCGAAGGUUCUGGAUGUAUUAAUGCGCUUUUAUGAUAGCAACUAUCAUUCUAUUCUUUCAGAAGACAAUGUCACCCUGAAGAUAUUACAGCUUCAUUUGAAAGAGAUGGUUAAAUUUUAUAGAAAAGAUAUAUACGAGUUUGGAAUUCGUGGUCUCGCCAAAGUAUUUGUGGGAUCUAUGAUAGGAAACACAGAAUCCAUACAUCGGCGAGAGACCAAGAAGGUUGAUUCCAACUAA